AUGAUAAGUCUUGUUCGUUGUGUUUUUGUUUUAGCGUUAUUGUUCGGGUUUUUAAACGGAACUUACUUGGCGCUAGAGUAUGAAAACUUCGCUACAGUCUAUCAUAAGCUUCCUCACCACACUGAAUAUUCAAAACGUGGAGAAGUUGCUGUAACAGCUUCUCGUGCAAGAUACUCAGAGUCUGAAGAUGCGUUAUCGAGCUUUGAUAUAUCAAAAAAUUUAGAGGAAAACGAAUUGUAUCUUGUUAAAAUAGUUAAUAAUGAAAAUCCGAAUUAUGUCACUAAAUUUUUCACCAAAUCGUGCUUGUUAAAAUCUUCAAAUUUUGAGGAUGAGAUAAUAAUUCAUCUAGACAAAAAUGAUAAAUUAUUUCAUUUUGAUUAUUACACAAGUAGUGACCAAUGCAAUAACACAAUUGAUCCGCAUACUGGAGUUCUUAAAACUACUGUUCAAACCAUCAAAGCAGUAAAGGGUGUUGCUCCAAAGUUAAAUAAAGCAGUGCCUUUGAGAGAAGAUGGUACUGUAGAAAAACCACCCGAAGAAAAAAGCUUUUUGCAAAAAUACUGGUGGUAUUUCAUACCUCUUAUUAUAAUAUUAUUAACUGGAGGCCCACCUGAAGAAUCUCAGCAGGGUGGACAGCAACAGCAACAGCGAGGUGGACAGGCAGUGAGACCUGCUCGUUAAUAAUUUUUUGAAAUUAAAUUUAAAUUAAUAAUAAAUAAGAAAUCUAAUACAACUGAUAUUGAGAAAUUUAUAAAAAAAAAAUAUCCUACUCGUCCUUCUUGUUAUAAUGAAUUGCAUUGAUUUUGGAUUAAAAAAUUUUUACCAAUAAACUUACAUU